AUGUCUGAUGCUGGCGUGAUGGCACCAUGCAGCGCUCAGGACGAAAAUAAGCAAAUUGUGCUCGAACAAUUCAACUUGGACGACGUCACUCAAUUAGAAGAUUUGCCACUUGCAAAGGGACGUCAGCAGGGGUAUGAAAAAGGUCGAAUAUUUGGUAAAAUGGAAGGAAGAGCGCUCGGUCGCGAAAAAGGAUUCGACUUAUGGAAUGAAUUGGGUUACUACAAAGGUGUAAUAUCUAUGUAUAAACGCAUGAUCCAAUCGCAAACGUCUACAAUUGAUGAUGCAACUCGCAAGAAACAGCGACAAUGGCAACAACUCGAAAGUUUUGAAGCAUUAUGGAGCUUAAUACCACAAUACAAUGAUUCGUCUGGUCACAACCCCCCACCUCACCAGGAUGACACGCAGGCUGACACGUAUAAUUUUGGCAAGCUAGUGGAGCGCGUUCGAGCCCGUUACAGGCUUGUAUGCAAAGCACUUGGCUUUGAUCCUCCCCAUUCAAUUUCACCUCACAUGAAUACUUCUGGCACUUCGCUAACGCCAAACCUGCCCCCACAGAAUAUGGUCCGUGUGGCAGGUCAAUUGGUGGAUCAAAAACAUCUGCACUAUUGA